AGAACGAUGCCUUCAUCAUUGGCCCAGUGGCUCUGCCUCGUGGCCGUGAUCUGGCUCCAGACCAUCGCUGGGACGAACACCAACUUCCCGGCAUACUCCUCGCAGCUCAAGCAAGUCCUCUCCAUCUCCCAGGUCCAGCUCAACAACCUCGCCUUCGCCUCCGACGCGGGCAAGCUGUUGGUGUGGUUCUCGGGGAUCGCUGCGGUGUACCUCCCGCUCUGGCUCGUCCUCCUGGUGGGCGCGUUGCUUGGGCUUGCCGGGAACGGCAUCCAGUACCUCUUCGUGGCUGGCAAGGUCGCCUCGGUCUCGUACCCCGGGAUGUUUCUCCUUGCCGUCCUCGCCGGGAAAAGCAUCUGCUGGAUCAACACGGUGUGCUACGUGGUCGCGAUCGACAACUUCCCACUUCACCGCCAGCUCGCUGUCGGGCUCACCACCAUCUACCAAGGGCUGAGCACCAGUGUCUACACGGAUAUAGUUGACGCCGCACUCAACAAGCGCGGCGGGACUGGGGCUAGAGCUAAAGCAUAUCUGCUUCUCAACUCAGUCCUGCCAAUGGCCGUGUCGCUAGCCACCGCGCCUUUAGUUCGGGUUGUCAAUGCAGACGGUCCAGGGGCGGGCAAAAAUGCGCACGUCCAUUGGCAGGACUGA